CCUUAUCAAGAAGAAGUAAGCGUGGAUAGAAUUAGAGAGAGACAGAGAAGCAACAGCAAGAGCAAAAAGCACAAGAUUGCUGACGCUACAAAGCUAAGCUCUGCGGAGAAGCCUUGAACGUUUCUUUCUCUGAAAUAGUUUACGAAAUAUCACUCAAUUUUGUGCUUUUCGAGGCCAAUUCGUGGGGCACUUUUCUCGGUAAUCCUCGCUUUUAUCCAUCUAUGUAUAAACCCAUGUAGCCAUGUCCUUCUCAGUAAUAUAAAAUCAUUUUUUCUUUCUUCAUUCAUUUUCCCUUGUCAAGGUUUAAAAAAUGAGUACACUAGAUGCAACUAGAGCUGAGCUUGCUCUUUUAGUUUUGUAUUUGAAUAAGGCUGAAACCAGAGAUAAGAUAUGCAGGGCUAUACAAUAUGGUUCAAAAUUCUUAAGUAAUGGGCAGCCUGGUACUGCCCAAACUGUUGACAAAAACACCAGCUUAGCCCGGAAAGUUUUCCGUCUUUUUAAGUUUGUGAAUGACUUGCAUGCACUUAUUAGCCCAGUUCCCCAAGGAAGUCCCCUUCAUCUAGUUUUGCUGGGAAAGUCAAAAAAUGCUUUAUUGUCUACUUUCUUGUUUCUGGAUCAAAUUGUUUGGCUUGGCAGAUCAGGCAUCUAUAAGAACAAAGAACGUGCUGAGUUGAUUGGUCAGAUAUCUCUUUAUUGUUGGAUGGGUUCCUCAAUUUGCAGCACCUUGGUUGAGAUUGGGGAGCUGAGUAGGCUUUCUGCAUCUGUGAAAAAAUUAAAGGAUCUCAAGGGCAGCGAUAAGUAUAAAAAUGAGCAAUACCAGGCUAAACUUCAAAAAUCAAAUGAUAGGUCCCUUGCCCUUGUCAAAGCGGCUAUGGACAUUGUGGUGGCUGUUGGACUGCUUCAAUUAGCACCCAAAAAGGUCACUCCUCGUGUAACUGGAGCCUUUGGGUUUGUUAGUUCUCUCAUCUCUUGUUACCAGUUACUUCCAGCUCCAGCAAAAGCCAAGGCACACUGAAACAGAAGCUUGUUCUUCUUAAAACAAAGCUUGGAUGUCAUUCAAAUAAUUGUUCCUACUUGUUAUAUAAAUGAAAUGUUUGGUGUAAGCUUUUGAGCAAUUUGCCACCUUAUAUGGCGACAUUAAAUUCUACGUUUAGCAACUUGGCAGUCACACUUUAUUUUGUCUUUUUUUAUAGUAGUAAUAAUAUAUGUUGUUUUUCCAUUA